AUGGCGGUGCCUCCCGACCGCCCGACACCGCCCGACACAGACCGUCCGCCACCAACACCACUAGGAAGACGUCACCGGCGGCGUCACAGCGCGGCGUCACAGCCCAGGGGAGAUCGCUCGCCGUUCCUUUCCAGCGCGAUGCGAGCUUCCCCUCCCCUGCUAAUAAGCGCCCAAUUGGUGACACAAGGGCAGGGCGGGGGGCAAGGUGACGGCCCGCCAGCCACCAAGGCCACUCGCCUGCCCUCGUUGGCCUCUCGCGCCGGCCCCGUCGCUGGCCACUCGCGCCGCUCACUCACUGCUUGCCUCCUCCACCGAAUCACUGCUUCGCUUCGCCACCAGGGGCACCCGUCGGGCCUCGAGGGUCCUCGUCACUCGCGCCGUCGGGAGGGCAGGGGCGCGGUUGCCAGUCGCCGCCGCGCCGCCCCACUUAUUCAGGGAGCCCCGGUUGGCAUCACUGGUCAGCUGUUGGUGGCGGUGCACUAUGCAGUCGUGCCCUCUUGCCCUCGUGCCCUCGCCGCCCUGGAACCCCGCUCGCCUCUUGCCCCCGUGCCCCCUCGCUGCCCCUCCUGCCCCUGCGUCCCCGCUUGCCCUCGUGCUCUCGCGCCCCUGGCGGCCUUGCCCCCUGGAAUUCGCUUACUCUCGUACCCUCACUGCCGCCCCUCUACCCUCCCCCUGUGCCCACUACACCUUCCCUUGCCCUCCAGCACCUUGCCCCUUUCCUGCCCUCUCUGUGCCUCUUGGGCGAUGUCCCUUGCCCUCUUGCCCUGGGGCAUGUCCCUUGCCCUCCUGCCCUCUUGCCCUGGGGGAUGUCCCUUGCCCUCCUGCCCUUUUGCCCUGUGGAAUGCCCUUGUCCUCGUACCAUGGCGGCCCUUGCAGACUCUUGCCUUCGCGCCCUCGUACCCCUUGGAGCGUGCCCUGCCCUCGUGCCAGAUGGAAUACCCCCUCGUCCUUCCCCUGCCCUUUGGGGCCGCCGCGCAAACAAGGAUGCUUUUGUCGACCUCCACGAAGGGCGUGGCCAAGGUCUACAUGAGUAUAAACACACUUGAAAAUAUCCUUAUAAGUAUAAAUGGACUCAUAAGUAUGAGUAAACAGAAACUUCGGCCGCAACUUCCAUGCGUUCGCUAA